AUGCUUAGUAACCAGGCAGACAUUGUCACAACAUCUUGCAAACCCAAGGAAGCUGAACAUCUCACAACUGAGAGUCUGGUAAAUAGUUUGAAUAAUGUCAUUGUCUCAAUAGGCAAAUGUGCCGACACAAUUAUAGAUGCACUUCAGCAUGUACAAGUAGAGCUAAUGUGUUUUUCGAAUGUUUCUUUUCAUGAAUUUGUGACCGUGCUUGACUUGAUUAGUGGGGAUGAUAUGCACUUCUUGAAAGCAAAGAUGACAUAUUGUCCACGCACCAUGGUCCUCAUUAUAUACUCCCCCCACCUAGUUCAUGAUCAAACAACAAGCGAGAUAUCAUCUGCAAUCUCAAGCGAGCUCUGUUCCCUCUCGUUCACGCAAUCUCUGUUGAUGGUUGAUGUCAUACCUGGUCAUAUCUAUUUGGAGGAUAUCUUCACUAUCCCUGAUAUGCAACUCACUUUAACCCCUACCACCUCAGAGGUGGCAGAGACUGAGGUGCUGUGGUACACAGAGACCGCAUUUUCUCAAUCUAAAUGUGUCGCCCUCAAGAAGAUAGAGAAAGUCCUUGUUACUCACCGCAAAAUCAUAUGCAUAUUAUUCAUCCUCAUAUCCAAGCGAACUCAUUAUGAAACACCCUCAGAGGAUUCCCCUACUUACAGCCAAGCACUCGCCAACAAAUCUCCGCGCCCAUACACCUCUUUUUCACCACACAGGGACACAGACAAGUUAUUUGGUCCAUUAAAGCGAUGGGUCAUGACUGGAUCAAUACACUGUUUUCCGACACUUGAUAUGGGCCAGAUCAGUGUUGCCUUGAACCAAGGCAUGAACUUGGUCAAGUUUGUGAUGCCCAUCAAAUUAGAUACCCUACAACCUGCUGUCGACCACACCAAUCUUCUUACACCAAGCACGAUUGUAUUCAACUGGGACACCGAUGUUACCUUCAUGUCUGUUGCUGUGUACAAGACAGCUCACUUUCGGUACUGUGACUGGUACCAUCGCAACUUCAGUGGCACCAAGUGUUGUCAUAUGAACAACAGUGGAGAUGAGGUUGAGCUGGAGAGACCUUUGAACAGAAGGGUCAUCACGUCUGCAUCUGAUAAUGCUGAUGAUACAGGGCUCUCAGCUAGCAUGUCAACCAGUGGGUCCAGUUCUUCAGAGCAGUCCAGUUCUUCUGGGGAGUUACAUUCUUCUUGGGAGUCAAGUUCUUCUGUGGCCUAG